UCCAAUUUGUCCAAUGUAAGUCUUUCCAUCAGUCACGAGACAAAUGUAAUAAAAAUCGAAAAUAAGUCUAAAGACGACAAAACUUGAUUUUAAAUUGGCAUUGUAGUUAAAUAUGACUCGUAUGUGUUAUUGUUCUGCAAAAAUGUCUUCGUUAGUUUCGUCUGAUCUCUUGUGAAAGGCUGGUGUCAAAGUACGAUUCAACUAAUGAAUGAUGCAGUCUAUUUUCUGGACAGGGAGACUGCUAUCACGUGCGUUAAGAAAUGGACUUUCAAAUUUUUCGAGUGCUGCUGAAUUAAAUGUUUCGACGACUAAACACCCAUAUUUAGUUUCUGUAGUGUGUGGUUUUCCUAAAGACAUUGCUAAUGGAAGAACGCGCAAAGGACAAUUCGGUGACGACGCAUGGUUCUCUACAAAUUCUAGCAACGCGGAUGUUAUUGGUGUGGCAGAUGGUGUAGGAGGAUGGCGUGCUUACGGGAUCGACCCCGGAGAGUUCUCCUCAUACCUGAUGCGGACAUGCGAGAGGCUCGUCCAAAUGGGACAUUUCAAGAUGUCAGAACCAGGGGACCUGCUGGCAAAGUCCUAUUAUGAAUUAUUGGAACAUAAGAAACCAAUAUUAGGAAGCAGCACAGCAUGUGUGAUGAUCCUAGAUCGGUCGGAGAGCGUUAUGCGAGCAGCCAACAUCGGCGACAGCGGGUACAUGGUAGUCCGCGGAGGUCGAGUGGUGCAUCGCUCGCACGAACAACAACACUACUUCAACACGCCCUACCAACUUAGCCUACCGCCGCCUGGACACGACCGGAAUGUGCUAAGUGACAGGCCAGAAUCAGCGGAAACGUCAGAGUUUACAGUUGAGUGUGGUGACGUGAUCUUGGUGGCGACGGACGGCGUAUUUGACAAUGUACCCGAACCAGUGUUGGUGGCGGAGAUGAGACGCGCGCAAGGCCUUGCCGGAGAUACCAAGAAACUUCAGGCUGUUGCCAACUCCAUCGCGUGGAUGGCGCGCAACCUCUCCUUCGAUGGCUGCUAUAUGUCGCCUUUUGCUAAAAGCGCGCGACAGAACGGCAUAGAUGCUAUUGGGGGGAAACCGGACGACAUAACGGUGCUACUUGCUAUCGUAGCGCUAUGAAAAUGUCCAUAUGUGAUUUAUGUAGCUAGAUUCUAGGUACAUUAUUUUGUUCAAGAUAACUACAAAAUUUAGUUGAAUAUUAGUGAUAAACAACGAAGCCAAAAAUGAAGUUUGGAAC